AUGGGCAGUGUGGCCGGGGUACUCACUCCGGACGCUGAUGCUUUCCCCUAUUUUGCCAAGUUUGCCGCCAGUGACACGUCCAUCGAGGACGAGUGGAUCAAAGAUCUCGAGCUCAUGCACCAUUACACGUCCUCAGCAUAUCUCACGCUUCCCAGGGCCACUGACAUCAGGCACUCAACCUACGCUAUCUGUGCGUCAAUACACCAGAACAAGGCAAUUUUCGGCCUCCAGUCCGCCCUGGGGCAGAUAUCCAACGAAAACUGCCAUGCUGUCUUCGCGGCAUCCGCCUUUCUCUGCAUCUGCGGUUUUGCCAGCUAUUCCUCGCAGAAUGUCGCUGACGGGCGCCCAGCGUUCGAGAAUUUCCUGGAUGUCUUGCUACUCAUUCGGGGCAAGAGCUUCAUCCUAGACUCCUUUUCAAAGACACUUCAUCACGGGCCAUUAGGAAUGCUCUUCCACAAGGGCGACCAAAACCCCGCUGCGCCACCCAUCUUGACGACUUUCAUUAUUCAACUCCGUUAUCUCGAUUCACUGAUUACUGAGGGCGAUCCAAGCUCAGCAUUAUGCCGUGAAGCAGUCAAGUCUACAAUUGAAUGGACAGAACGAGUGAUUGAAAGCACUCACUGGCCCGAUCUUCGGUUCACGCUUAGUUGGCCGAUAUGCCUUUCUGAGGGCUUCGUUGAUCUUCUCAAGCAAUCUGAUCCCAUGGCCUUGGCCAUUUUCGCACAUUAUAGCGUCAUUUUGCAGCAUACGGGAAAUAUGCAUUGGUACUUGAGUGGUUGGGGCGAGAGGGUGAUAAAAGAUAUUGGCGAUAGUAUGGACACAGACUGGAGGGAGACAAUCAAAUGGCCUCUAAGAAUAGUAUCAAAUACGUGA